GUUAAAACAAAUAAUGUCAUUGUCAAAUGUCAAAAUUAUUUACUUUUGCUUUAAAUAGUUUUCAACACACUAAAGUAUAAAAGUUUAUUUAUUUUGAUGAAUAAAAUGUGUUUAUUAAAGUAUGCAUAAUAAAUUACGAUGAUCAAUUACGACGUUAAGUUUCUUACAUGUGACGAAGCUUUACACUUAAAAAGCAGUGACUUCAAAAGUUUUAAAUAUGAAACAAAGAAAAGAGUUGAUGAAUCAGUCUAUGAUUCUGGAAAAAGAAGUUACUGCGAGCGGCGAGGUGGUCUCUGGCGGGCCUCCCAUCCCCGCCAAGUACGUCAGCUGGAGUCUAAACUGAAGGAUAAAAGCAUAAUCACCUGUGAAUGGACCACAGAAAACUUAAUAACCAUAGUAUUCUCAUCCGGAGUCAUAGCCUACCUCACAGUUAAAGAAAACUCCUUGGAUGUUACUCAAAUACUCUUUGAUAAAUAUUUUGUCGGGAAACUUUCUGGUCAAGCUAUUACUAAUGCUGCUAUAUGUAAAUCACACAUAUUGCUUACACACAAUGACCGGACAGCUACUCUAGUAACCUUUGGAAAAACUAAUAUUAGUCUUCCAUGUCGCAUCGCUGACAGAGAUCCACAUUUACAGAGCAUAGAGUUAGGUGGCAGCAAUAGACGGACAGAGAGGCAUAUAUCUACAAAAGAGGGUAGUAAUGGAGCAAGAGUGUUGGUGUGGAGUGUCACUGUAGCUGAGCCGGCACCAUGGAGCCCUGUGCUAGAGGACCAUGCUAAUCUCCAUCUGUACACUGUUAAUGGACACCACAUCAAUUUAACAGCAUAUCAUCAACUUGAAAACGAGACCUUAUCUGCAGAACUUUCUAACAAUGGUGACAACACUGUUCACAUUGUGGAACAAGUCACAUGCCAUAAGAACGGUGUGAAUUUAGAGUGGUUACGGUACGACGUGAGUACGGAGGAGCGGCUGAGCAAGCUGUCCACGUGCGCGGGCAGGGCGACGCGCGUGUCGGUGUCGUCGCCGGCGCGGCUGGCGCGGCGCUCGCGCUGCGACUCGCGCCUGCUGCUCGCCUGCAUCGACGGCUCGCUGCACGUCGUGCACUGUCUGGCCGGACUCACGCACACCACCAGGGCGGGCUUUAUAGCGACAGAUGUGCGUUGGGCCGACGAGCUUAUCAUUGCGGCGGAAGAAGGAGGUAGAUUGCAGUGCUUUGAUCGCGCGCUAGCUCUCCUGCACCAUCACUCCAAAUGCUUAGAUCUGACUUCAUAUCUACGAGAUACUCGGCGGAUGCAACUGCUUGCGACGAAAAAUUCAAAAGGCGGGCCGAUUAUAUUGACAUUAUUUUCUGGAGGACCACUCGCACUUCUACAUAUCACACACCCGCGGUUAUUAGUGGCUUGGUUGCGUGCCAAGAGGUCGUCUGACGCGGUGGAGUUACUACGAGCUAUGGACUGGGAUCUAGAAGGCACUGAAUGUCUAUGGGCGGUCAAUAAAAUUGUAUGUACAGCAUUACGGAGUAAAGCAGCGGCCCGCAGCGAGGAGUCGCUAGCGCAGGGCGCGCUGGGCGCGUUCCUGGCGCCCGCCGCGCCGCUCGCCGCGCGCGCCAUGAGGUACGCGCCGCCCAUACACGACCUCGCCAGGAAGUUCUUCCAUCAUCUGCUCAGACGCGGGCGCGUGGAGAAGGCGCUGAGCCUGGCGGUGUCGCUGCGCGCGGCGGACGCGUGCCUGGACGCGCGCUGGGCGGCGCGGCGCCGCGCGCUGGCCGCGCUCGAGGCGGAGGCCGCGGCGCUGGCCGCGCGCUACCGCCCUCGCACCCAAUCAGAUUGUUCAGAAACCUGUUCGAGCUGCAGUUCUCAUUCGUACACCGGCUCCGAAGAGGAAGAAGCAAGCGAAACAUCUGAGCUCGUCAAAACUAAACCACCGCCGCUACCACGCGUCUCACUACCGAAUCAGCCCACACUCAUGCAAGUCCCCAUCACACAAACCGAACCUAUUUCCACCAACAGCAUACGACCGAACUUACACCAGUACCUAGAAAGAGACAACACGAUAUGGACCACUGAUGUGCGCGACGACACCUACUCGAGAAACGACUGUUACGAACGCGAUUAUUCCAAACCCAUACGGAACGCCCAAAAUGUACGAUGGCACAGUAUGGACAUGCUCUCUAACUACAACCCGCCGAAACACAAGCUACUCACCAUAAGUGAGGCACCCGUCAAGUCCACGCACAAUCUCGUUGACAUCAUCCCACGGCAACAUGAAGACAGACUGAAUUCCAAUCAUUAUAAACACUUGUAUCAAACGGAACUGAGAGAGGAAACUCCUAACAUGCUAUAUCGUUACCAAAGCAACAAUAAUUAUCACCCAAACACGAGUAUAAAGGAUAGAAGUUAUAGGAUUGAUAAUGAAGCAGCAGAGAAACAAGGGAAUCGUUCUGGUGAAAAGAAUAAAGUGAAGUUCUCUGAUACAGUUACCAUCGCCGUUGUUACGGAGGCUCGCGUGUCCCCGGAGCCGGCGCGCGAGCUGGCCGCCAGCCUGCCGCUGUCCGCGCCGCACAACUACCUGGCGGCCUUCGCCCCGCACAGCGCGCACGCGGCUCACGGCCCACACGCGGCUCACGGCCCGCACAUGGCUCACGGCCCACACGCGGCUCACGGCCCGCACAUGGCUCACGGCCCACACGCGGCCCACAGCCCGCACUCGGCUCACGGGUCGCUCGCAGCGGCCGCGCCGCCCGCUGAAAACGCAACGCAAAAGCCGCCGAAAAUCAAAGUUGUUCAUUUCGGCAUGGUAUAAAGUGACUGCCAUUUUCUUACAACAUUGUGCAAUUUUAGUGAUUUUAUUCCGUCCAGUUUUAGUUGUAAGAUUAGUAUUUAAGAAUCGCACAAAAUUAUAAUUAUUAUAAUAAGCUUACCGGCAAACGAUUGUACAUGUACACUGAUUAAAAAACAAAAUGAUGCUAAUGUAUUAGUGUACGACUAACCAAAUUUAAGUGGGUAUCUUAGACAACUGUUUUUCUUUUUGCUAAGAUAUAAGUACGAUCAUUUUUGAUAUUGAAGAGGCUUAUUUAUGCAAAUUUCCUCCGCGAAGAACCUCAAAUACGUUUAUUGUCUUAAAUAAAAACUUUCACGUGUUAGAGCGUAAUCAUUUGAAGAAAUCUAUGUAACUUAAUAUAAGCUUAGUUAUUUCAUUAAGGAUAUGUACAUUAAUUAUUACAUUUUAUUUUUAUGGUUGUGACUUUUGAGUGACAUUUCAUAUUUGUAAGAAGUUAAAAUUGUUGAUGCAUUUAUUUUACACAAAGUAAACUCGUAUUAUUCAUCUA